AUGGUUUUUGUGGUGGUGGAUAGGUUCACCAAAUAUGUCCAUUUCAUUCCAUUAGCUCACCUUUACAUUGCUACUAAGGUUGCUCAUAUUCAUGCAACUGAAGUGGUUAAUAAGAGCUUAGAACACUACCUGAGGGCCUUUGCUGUUGAUAGACCUCACUCUUCGGUGGAUUGGCUACCAUUAGUUGAAUUUUGGUUCAAUACUAACUACCACACUUCCAUUAAGCUCACUCCAUUUGAGGCACUUUAUGGCUAUCCUCCUCCUAAGGUUGUGGACUAUGUUCCAGGUGUUACAAGGGUGGCAACUAUUAAUUCAUACUUGCAAGAUAGGCAGCAACUCUUUUCAUUGUUUAAGCAGAAUUUAAAUGCUGCUCAAGAGAGAAUGAAGUGGUUUGCUGACAAAAAGAGAGUGGAUAGGUCCUUUAAGGUGGGAGAUUGGGUUUAUCUUAAGCUUCAACCAUACAAGCAGUCUUUAGUGUAG